GGCGUUUGUGACUUUACUCGUACGGCAUUCUCAUCUCAACACAAUGCACCAUAGCAACGGCUCUACGAAGCAGCAACUGGGCCAUUGACAGCCGUACCUGGCAAAUUUUAUGGCCGAUUGAUCGAUAUUCCUUAUGCGGCGCUGGAUGUUCCUUAUGGGCACAGGUACAUUUGACUAUCCUCCACAGCCUAUUACCUAAUAUACGAUUCUGACUGUGAGAUUGAUAGAUUCUUGAACAUGCGCGCCCUUCACGACAAGUAUGGCCCUGUCGUGCGCAUCUCACGAACUGUGCUGUCUGUUGCGGACAAGGACAUGUUGAAGCAGGUUUUGGUCACGGAUGAUUUGAGGAAAGGCACUGUAUAUGACAACACGGCAUUUGGCAAGCCCAAUAUGUUCAACUUGACCGAUAGAGCAGCCCAUCGCCACACUAGACGUGUGAUAUCGCCUGCUUUCUCCAUUCGAUAUCUAGCUGGUCUGGAACCGUUGCUGGAAUCUGUCAUUGAUGAUAUGGUUGAAAAGGUGGAAGGAGACAUCAGCGCGGCUGAAGCUAGCGGAAACCCUGAAGCUGUCAUUGAUCUUUGGCAUUUGACACAAGCCGUUGCGCUGGAUGCCAUGGGCGAAUGCGCUUUUGGAGAAACGUUUGGUAUGAUCAAAAAUGGCUCCCAUCCUUUGCCCAAAAGACUUACUGAAGGUGUACGCCGUGGCUCCAUUUUCUUCACCAAUGGUUUCUUGGGCAAAUUGGUCAAAAUGUCGGGCAUCAAGAUGGCAGAUCCAUAUAUCGUUAACUUCAUGAAGGAUGUGAUCCACAAGCGAAUGACUGCUGAAGCUCCUAGAAAGGAUAUUUUGCAGAUCUUGAUCGACGCUGCCAAAAGUGAAAAGUCUUCUGAACAACUUUCAGAAAAUAGUGUCAUGGGCGAAACCAUGCUUUUCCUCUUUGCCGGAGCGGAGACCACAUCCAACAGUGCAGCAUUUGCGUUGAUCGCUCUCUUGCAAGAGCGCGAGAAGUUCGAAAAGUUGCGAGAGGAAGUGGAUACUUUGGAGUAUAAUGACGACAACAAAAAUUUCUCCUAUGAAUCGCUCAAGAAUGCCGCCUAUUUGAAUGCUGUCAUCAAUGAAACUCUUAGACUACGUCCUGUCACAGCUGCCGGUUUGGAAAGAAUUGCAGAGCAAGAUUUCGUGCUUGGACAAAGCUAUCAUAUUCCCAAGGGCACCACAAUUUUAGCCAAUAUGUACGUCGCCCAUAUGAACCCAGAGUACUUUGACGAACCCGAGCUAUUCAAGCCGGAAAGAUGGUUGGAAGGAUACGAACCUGCUCCGGCUGUGGAUGCAUUUUAUCCUUUCUCUGCAGGAUCCCGAAACUGCAUUGGCAAAAACUUUGCUCUCCAGGAGAUGCGCCUUGUAAUUGCUACUUUGAUCAAGAAGUUUGAUUUUGAUACGAUACCAGAAAGCAUGAAAGAUGCAGAAGAUAUUCGUCACUUCAUUACUUUGACCAUUUGGAAAGAUUCUUUCAAGGCAAAGGUUUCAAGAAGAAAAGAUCUUUAGUGCCUAUAAGUGAACGUUCCUUAGUAGCCAUAUCAACCGUAGCCUAUCUAUAUUCAUACAAUACAGUACAGAUA